GGGAUGCUGAAAAUGGUCUCCAAAAACGUAAACGAAGUUUCUUCAAACGGCCAUUCACCGCCUCGGUUAGUGGCUGUCUCUAAGGAGAAGCCCGUUGACAUGAUUAUACAGGCUUACGAAGCAGGACAAAAAUAUUUCGGCGAGAACAAGGUUUUAAAAAAGUCACGAUCCCAAAGUACGUUAAGUUGGCAUUUCAUUGGUCGAAUUCAGUCGAACAAAAUAAAGAAACUAACCGGUAUUUUUAAUUACCAGAAGAAUCUUGCGAUGGUUGAGACCGUUGACUCUGCAGAUCACGCCGAGCUUCUGAACUCUUCUUGGGGUGCGGUAAGCAGAAAGCCACUUCCAGUCUUGAUACAAGUCAAUACCAGUGGGGAGCCGCAGAAAGGUGGUGUUCAUCCAGACGAAAUAGUGCGGUUGUUUCAACACGUCAAGGAUAACUGUCCUAACUUAUGUCUGAAGGGGUUAAUGUGCAUUGGAAUGCAGUUCACUGGGCAGGAAAAACAUCCAAAUCCAGAUUUUGUCGUAGGUUUCCGGAUCGUAACAAACUUGCUGAAUGCCGGUCAAUCAUGGGAAUGUCGAAUGAUUUCGAAGAAGCAGUUUAUUUCCCUAGGAAGUACAAGUGUUCGUGUCGGAACCACAAUUUUUGGUGAACGAUGA